AUGGCACCACCAGCGGGGUUAUUAGUAGAAGCAAUAAUGUUGGAAGAAGAAGAAGACGAAGCCGAAGAAGCGAAUGAAGGUUCUGAUAUCUUAAGCAAGCCAAUACUGCAAGUAGCUCACAUACAUGGACCUUGCUCACCAUUGAAAACAGGGAAUUCAAAAUUUCCUAGCCUUGAUCAGAUUCUCUUGGAUGACCAAAUCCGAGUCAAGCACAUCCAUUCAAGAAUCUCCAACUCCCACCAAGGCACUGAUCCUACUGUUGCAGUAGCUUCUUCUGCGGUAAACCUUCCUGCCAAUUCCGGGCAAUCUUUAGGGACUGGAAAUUUCGUAGUUAGGAUUGGAUUUGGAACCCCAAAGCAAAAUUUCACGGUAAUCUUUGACACUGGCAGUGAUCUUACUUGGAUCCAAUGCCAACCAUGCGCUGGUCUAUGCUAUUCUCAACAAGAUUCCAUCUUCAACCCUUCUCUAUCCUCUACCUAUUCCAACAUCUUAUGUGGUUAUCACGCCUGCCAGCAACUGCAAUCUGCCACACACAAUUCACCAGUCUGCACCAAUGCAUGCAUCUACCAGAUUGCAUACGGUGACGGUUCAUUCUCUUCAGGUUACUUUUCUCGCGACAAACUAACACUAUCUCCUUCUGAUGUAUUUCUCAAGUUCAAAUUCGGCUGUGGUGAAGAAAACCAAGGCCUGUUUGGUUCUGCAGAUGGAUUACUUGGCCUCGGCCGCAACAAGGUCUCUAUGGUAUCACAGACUUCACAAAAAUAUGGGAAGAUUUUCUCUUAUUGUCUUCCAUCCACAACCAACUCCACUGGUUAUCUUGCAUUUGGAAACCAAACUCACCCCACUACUACAAGGAAAAUUCACUACACUCCAUUGUUGAAGGAUACAAGAGGCCCAUCAUUCUAUUUCUUGAAUCUGACUGGUAUCAGUGUUAAAGGGAAAAAAUUGGCCAUCUCAUCGUCAGUGUUUACAACUUCAGGAACCAUUAUAGACUCUGGUACUGUCAUUACUAGGUUACCACCUGAUGCAUAUUCAGCUCUUAAAUCAGCAUUUCGUGGAGCAAUGUCAAAGUAUCCGCUUACUCCCGCGGUUUCAGGUCUCGAUACAUGUUAUAACCUGGUUGAAUACAGUACAGUAAGGAUACCGAGCAUAGUCUUGCAUUUUGGUGGAGGUACUAACCUGAAUGUUGAUAAGUCUGGGAUUCUUGUUCAAGCAAACUCAACUCAAUAUUGCUUCGCUUUUGCCGGAAAUAGUGGUGCCUCCGAUGUGGCAAUCCUUGGAAAUAUGCAACAGCAGACAUUUGAGGUGGUUUAUAACGUCGCAGGUGAAAAGCUGGGAUUUGGUGCCAAAGGUUGUAGCUAAUGAGAACCAAAAGAAAAAG